AUGUUUUUGGUAUAGGAGUUCCUGUAAUAGAAUUAGGUUAUGCUUUUUAAGCAUAAGGGAUGGAAUAUUAUGGAUUUAGAAAUGAAUAAGGAACAUCUUAUGCAUGUGAAGCUAUAGUUUAUUUAACGCGAAUUUGGAGCCAAAGUAAUUUAAUGUAUAUAGAUUAUAGAUAAGCAAUUUAAGAUAAGCACCAAUUUUGAUAGAGAAAGCAAUUAGAUAAAGUUGUGCUGGUAGACCUGGAGUUGCAUAUAUUGUAGUGUCAGGUGAGUUAUUAAAAAGUAAUAUACCUGAGAAUGAAUUAAUUAAGGUUCCAACAUUUAAUUUAGAAUAAAUUCCAAGAAACAUGGCUGAUCCUUAAAAUAUACUUUAAGCUGUUUAAUAAUUGAAGAAUGCAAAGAGACAACUUGUAAUUGUAGGGAAAGGAGCUGGAAUAAGUUUAGCAGAAAAUUAAGUAAUUAAAUUUAUUGAAUCAACAAAAUUGCAAAGGAGUAGUUCCUGAUUCUAAUAAUUUAAAUGUAUCUGCAGCUAGAUUAACAGCUCUUGGAGAAGCUGAUGUUAUUUUAUUAAUAGGUGCAAGAUUGAAUUGGAUAUUACAUUUUGGUUUACCUCCAAGAUUUAAUGAUAAUUGUUAAAUUAUAUUGAUAGUUAAAUUUUGA